AUGUCCGACCGUGACCAAGUGCCAGGCUCCGACAUCAAGCCUUGGGCCCGCCCAGAAGCCCAAGGCUAUUGUUUCACAAAUGCCAAUGUUGUCGACGUGCAAGCGGGGAAGCUCUUGGAAGGCGCCACUGUCAUCACCCGCCAGGGCAAGAUUGAAUCAGUAGCACUUUCUUCUCCCGACCCUCUGCCGACCGAUGUCACAAUAAUCGAUUGUGAGGGGCGCUAUCUUUGUCCAGGUCUCUUCGAUGCCCAUGUGCACCUCUGUGCUGUUCCAGGAUUCAAAGAUCUAUCAAAGGCAUUUGGAAACCCAAACGAUGUUCACUUGCUUCGACAACCAUAUACAGCGGCUCAAAUGCUGCAUCGAGGAUUCACCAGUAUUCGCGACUGCGGUGGUGCCCAGCUCGCGAUUAAAGAAGCCAUCGAAGAUGGCGUCUUCCCUGGGCCUCGGAUCUUCAUCUCUGGUCACGCAUUGUCUCAAUUUGGAGGACAUGGUGAUCUUCGUGGAUCGCAUGAGCCCACCGAAUGCUGUGGUGGUACCCAUAGCAACAACCAUCUAGGCCGACUUUGCAACGGCAUACCGGAAUGUAUGGCUGCCGUGCGCGAGGAAAUCCGCUGCGGCGCUGACUUUAUCAAAAUCAUGGGUUCGGGAGGCGUGGCAUCUCCUACCGAUAAGCUAGAGCACCUCCAAUUCACUUCUGCCGAGAUUCAGGCGAUGGUGGAAUGUGCUGAUAACGCUGGGACUUUCGUCACAGCCCACGCCUAUACAGUCAAAGCCAUUAGGCACUGUAUCGAGAACGGUGUGAGGGGAAUUGAACAUGGAAAUUUUGUUGACCCUCCCACUGCCAAGAUGAUGGUGGAGAAGGGUGUCUAUCUCACGCCCACCCUCAUCGCCUAUGCCCAAAUGGCAUCGGAACGCUGGAAGGGAUACUUGCCCCCAGAGUCCCAGGCUAAGAAUUCUCAAGUCUUGAAAUCUGGUCUCGAAGCCCUCAAGAUUGCUUCUGAUGCAGGUGUCAAAAUGUGUUAUGGCUCUGACUUGCUCGGUCCAUUGGGUUCUGCUCAAACACAGGAGUUUUCGCUUCGAUCGCAAGUCUUGACUCCGCUUGAGGUUUUACAAAGUGCAACAAUCAACCCGGCAAAGAUGAUGAGCUGUGAGGAUUCGAUCGGGCAGAUCAAGGAAGGGUUCCAGGCGGAUGUCGUUGUCUUGAGUCAGAACCCUUUUGAGGAUGUGACUAUCUUUGAUAAUCCUGAUAAGUAUGUGCUUGGUGUGAUGAAAGAUGGUCGGGUCUAUAAGAGUCGCUGGAGUACCCUGCCUGAGGACUGGGAAAUCCCAGUGAGAGUAAAGUAUAACUAA